CUUCAUGCUGAAAAGAUACUUUUUUUUUCUCUAUUGAAAAAAGACCUUGAAGGAGAAAAAAAAUAUUCACACAACUCAGAAGACUUUCUGGGUUAAAAUAACUGCUUGGCUUGAGACAUCAGUAGCAGCUUUCACACUGACCAGUCUUAUAAGCCGCGGAGCCACUUUGAGAGAGGAUGGGAAAAAGAAGAAAAAAGGAUGACUGGUCUGUACUGCCGUGGUGCCUUUGAAGCUUGUAUUACAGUAGAAUGAGACCUCUGUCAGUGGCUGAAUGGACUGUGCUUCUUGGCUGUGACAGAGUGUCAGCCUCUCAAACCCAAAGGGAGAGCAGUGCUGCAUCUCUACGCAAAAAAAAAGACCCAAAUAAAAGAGUCAAUAUUGAUACCAUCCUUUCUAUACGUACGCACGGCGUGGAUGAUCUUUAAAGUGGGAGUUCAGCUGAGCCUUGAGACUCCAUAACAAGUUGAUGUGAUUAGUGCGCGUUCACGACUCCGAGUCAGUGGAUUUGGAGGUCCGUGUCGGGUUUUGGCGCAUGCCUGCGCGCAGACGGCUCCUGCAGACGACAGCCCGCUCUCCUCUGCGCCGCACCAGCGCUGUUCGCUGGAAGCCCGCUCCGCUGCGCUCCGUGCUGCUUCCACCAACAGUCUGUGUGCGGGAUCUCUUCCACAGGCGAGCCGCUGAAACUUGCCCACUGAUUCAGAGGAGCCAGAGGAGCUGCGCCUUCAAGUGUUUCCCCUUCUCCCUUCAGCAGAGACUGUUGUCCCUCUCAGCCACUCAUUUGUAUUUUUUUUAAUCUUCCAAUAUAUAUAUUUUUGUGUUGAAUUUUCUUCUGGUUCCUGCGCUGCUUCUUGUAUGUGGCUGCACCUGGAUUGACUGCGCAGGAGCGCCGAGAGCAGCUGGGCUCCGCAAAGGCGCAGAUGAGUGCGUUCUGAGCGCAAAGCAACACCUUGCAUGCCAUGGAAGUGUGCGUCCGGCGCGGGGGGACGCGCGGGCUGAGAGGGGGAUCCGCCGCCUGAGAAGCACUUUCUGUCCCACAGAAGGGGAGCAUGCCUCAGACCUGCAGGAGCUCUGCAGAGGACUUCCCAUCUGACUGUCAUUUUUACUUUUUUCCAAUUUCAUUUUUAUGACUUCUUCUUCUUUUUUUCAACUGCUUUUCAAGAAAGGUGAGAGGAUCAAUGAUGAGCGCCUCUGAGACCAGUUGGCUUGGACUUUUCUAAUCAGAACCUGUUAGUAACAACACAAACCUGUCACUACUCAUCAAUAGCCAGCACCAUGGCAUGCUCCCUGUGGAAACUACACACCUUGUGCUGGUUUCUCAUCACUCUGGCUCAAGUACACUCUUCACAAGGGUUCAGUCGAGCUGCGCUGCCAUUCGGCUUAGUACGGAGAGAACUGUCUUGUGAGGGUUACCCCAUCGAUCUGCGGUGUCCGGGAAGUGAUGUCAUUAUGAUCGAGAGUGCAAACUACGGCCGAACGGACGAUAAGAUCUGUGAUGCCGACCCUUUCCAGAUGGAGAACAUCAACUGCUAUCUUCCAGACGCUUUCAAAAUCAUGUCACAGAGAUGCAACAAUCGGACCCAGUGUAUCGUAAUCACGGGUUCAGACGUCUUCCCUGACCCCUGCCCCGGGACGUACAAGUACCUGGAGGUCCAGUAUGAGUGUGUGCCCUACAAAGUGGAGCAAAAAGUUUUUCUUUGUCCCGGGACUCUGAAAGCUGUCGGUGAUCCUUCCUUUCUGUUUGAAGCGGAGCAACAAGCUGGGGCCUGGUGUAAAGACCCGUUGCAAGCUGGCGACAAGAUCUACUUCAUGCCGUGGACUCCUUACAGAACAGACACUCUAAUCGAGUAUUCCUCCCUGGAUGACUUCCAGAAUUCUCGACAAACGAUCACCUACAAACUACCGCACCGCGUGGACGGGACGGGAUUUGUAGUCUAUGACGGUGCUGUGUUUUUCAACAAGGAGCGCACGCGCAACAUUGUGAAGUUUGACCUCCGAACUCGAAUUAAAAGCGGUGAAGCGAUCAUCAAUAAUGCCAACUACCACGACACUUCGCCGUACAAGUGGGGAGGUAAAACAGACAUUGACCUGGCGGUGGAUGAGAACGGGCUUUGGGUGAUCUACGCCACAGAGCAGAACAACGGCAUGAUGGUGAUCAGCCAACUCAACCCCUACACGCUACGAUUCGAGGCCACGUGGGAGACCACCUACGACAAACGCUCAGCCUCCAAUGCCUUCAUGGUCUGUGGAGUACUCUAUGUGGUCCGCUCCACCUAUGAAGACAAUGAAAGCGAGGUCAGCAAGAGCCUGAUCGAUUAUAUUUACAACACCAAACUAAACCAUGGGGAAUACGUUGAUAUCCACUUUCCCAACCAGUACCAGUACAUUGCAGCUGUGGAUUAUAAUCCCAGAGAUAACCAGCUCUAUGUUUGGAAUAACUUCUACAUUCUGAGAUACAACUUGGAGUUUGGCCCACCCGAUCCAGCUCAUGCACCGCCGCUGUCAGAAGUAACCACAUCUCUUCAGUCGCAGAGAACAACAACCACCUCCACAACAACCACACUGCACUGGGGUGUGGCCAACACCACCACCACAACCGUGCAGAGAGAAGGCAGCAGGGGAGCGCCGCGGCCGCCUCCCGCCAUUCCACAAACGACCUCGCCUCCCGUGCUGGAGUCCUUCCCUCUGCCGGAGCGCUUCUGCAAGGCUGCGGAGAAAAGAGAAAUCAUGUGGCCUCAGACCCAGAGGGGCAUGCUCGUGGAGCGGCCUUGUCCUAAGGGGACGCGAGGCACAGCUUCUUAUUUAUGUGUUCUUUCUACGGGGGAUUGGCACCCAAAGGGCCCUGAUCUCAGCAACUGCACCUCUCACUGGGUCAACCAAGUGGCCCAGAAGAUCCGCAAUGGAGAAAAUGCUGCUAACUUAGCCAACGAGUUAGCCAAGCACACCAAAGGGCCCAUAUAUGCCGGGGACGUCAGCUCCUCGGUGCGCCUGAUGGAGCAGCUGGUCGACAUCCUGGAUGCUCAGCUGCAGGAGCUCAGACCCAGCGAGAAGGAUUCGGCGGGGCGGAGCUUCAACAAGCUUCAAAAGAGAGAAAGGACAUGCAGAGCGUACAUGAAGGCCAUUGUGGACACAGUAGACAACCUUUUGCGUCCGGAGGCCCUAAAGUCCUGGCAGGACAUGAACAGCACCGAGCAGACCCACGCUGCCACCAUGUUACUGGAUACUCUGGAGGAAGGGGCCUUUGUCCUCGCCGACAACCUCAUGGAACCCGCCAUCGUCAAGGUCCCCGCAGACAAUAUAAUUCUGGAUGUGUACGUUCUGAGCACGGAUGGUCCAGUCCAGGACUUUAAAUUUCCACAAUCAAACAGGAAUGGAAUCUCCAUCCAGCUCUCUGCCAACACCGUUAAACUCAACAGCCGCAAUGGGAUCGCCAAGUUGGUUUUUGUGCUUUACAAAAACCUGAGCCAGUUUCUCAGUACGGAAAACGCCACCAUCAAGAUGGCAAACGAGGCGUACGGUCGCAACGUGUCGGUGGCCGUCAAUUCUGACAUCAUUGCAGCUUCGAUCAACAAAGAGUCCAGCCGUGUAUUCAUCAACGAGCCGGUGAUUUUCACCUUAGAGCACAUCGACAUGGAGCACUACUUCAAUGCCAAUUGCUCCUUUUGGAAUUACUCCGAAAGGAGUAUGACGGGCUACUGGUCCACCCAAGGCUGCAAACUCCUCAACUACAACAAAACGCACACCACCUGCUCCUGCAGCCACCUCACCAACUUCGCCGUCCUCAUGGCACACCGUGAAAUCUCAGCCAACAUUAGGGAGCAUCACGAGCUCCUCCUCUCCGUCAUCACUCGCGUGGGCAUCGUGGUGUCCCUGGUCUGCCUCAGCAUCUGCAUCUUCACCUUCUGCUUCUUCCGGGGCCUGCAGAGCGACCGCAACACCAUCCACAAGAACCUGUGCUUAAAUCUCUUCAUUGCUGAGUUAAUAUUCCUAAUUGGGAUCGAUAUGACAGAACACAGGAUCGGAUGUGCCAUCAUAGCGGGGAUCCUCCACUUCUUCUUCCUGGCUUCCUUCUCCUGGAUGUGUCUCGAAGGCGUCCAGCUGUACCUCAUGCUCGUGGAAGUGUUUGAGAGCGAAUACUCACGGAAAAAGUACUACUACGUGUCGGGCUACCUCUUCCCCGCCAUCGUGGUUGGCGUCUCCGCAGCGAUAGACUAUAGGAGCUACGGGACCGAGAAAGCCUGCUGGCUAAGAGUGGACAAUCAUUUCAUAUGGAGUUUUAUCGGACCCGUCACCUUCAUUAUCAUGCUCAAUCUCAUCUUCCUGGUGAUCACAAUGUACAAAAUGGUGAAGCACUCUACCACCCUGAAACCAGACUCUAGCCGACUGGAGAAUAUUAAUAAUUAUCGCGUUUGUGAUGGCUACUAUAACACAGAUUUGCCUGGUUAUGAAGAUAAUAAACGGUUUAUCAAAUCCUGGGUCAUGGGGGCUUUCGCUCUGCUAUGCCUGCUGGGUCUCACCUGGUCCUUCGGCCUCUUCUUCAUCAGUGAGGCCUCCAUCGUCAUGGCUUACCUCUUCACCAUAUUCAACACCUUCCAAGGGAUGUUUAUCUUUAUUUUCCACUGUCUUCUUCAGAAAAAAGUUCGUAAAGAGUACAGUAAGAGCUUCCGUCACACGUACUGCUGUGGCGGGCUGACUGCCACAGAGAGCUCGCAUGGCUCCGCUAAGACUUCAGCCACACGGACCAGCGCACGCUACUCUUCUGGUACACAGAGUCGUAUCAGGAGAAUGUGGAAUGACACCGUAAGAAAGCAGUCUGAGUCCUCCUUUAUCUCAGGUGACAUCAACAGCACCUCCACCCUUAACCAAGGAAUGACGGGGAAUUACCUACUAACAAAUCCUCUUCUGCGACCACAAGGCACUAACAACCCUUAUAACACCUUACUGGCUGAGACAGUCGUGUGUAACACCCCCACAGCUCCAGUCUUUAACUCUCCAGUGACCUACAGAGAGACAAGACACUCACUGAACAACGCAGUGAGGGAUACAAGUGCAAUGGAUACACUACCGCUAAAUGGUAACUUUAACAAUAGCUACUCUCUUCGUAAUGGGGACUUUGAUGAGAGCGUGCAGGUGGUGGACUGCGGCCUCAGUCUGGACGACGCUGCCUUCGAGAAAAUGAUCAUAUCCGAGCUCGUGCACAACAACCUGCGUGCCUGUAACAAAAGUCAGCAACAGCCCUCCACGUUACGCCCUCCACUCCGCCACCAGCAGCCUCCGCAGUACCACCAUCACCACCACACGGAGCGGGCUCCGCCCAAGGUGACGGUGGUAGGCGGCCGCACCGGCGGCGGCGACGGCCCCUCCAUUGUGGCUGACGCUUCGUCUCUGGUGCACGUGAGCGACGCGGUGGGCCUGGAGCUGCACAACCAGCGGGAGCUGGAGGCGCCUCUCAUCCCUCAGCGGACUCACUCGCUUCUGUACGCGCCCCAGAAGAAAGUGAAGACCGACGGGGAAGUGGACACCUUGGUCAGCCAGCUGACGCCCACCAACCCCGACGAUAACCUGGAGUCCCCAAACAGAGACUCCUUGUAUACUAGUAUGCCUAAUCUGAGAGACUCUCCGUGUCCAGAGAGCAGCCCCGACGUGGUGGAGGAUUUGUCCCCCACGAAGAGGAGCGACAGCGAGGACGUUUACUACAAGAGCAUGCCGAACAUGGGGGCUGGCCACCAACUCCAAGCCUAUUAUCAGAUAGGAAAGGAGAACGAUGGUUACAUCAUCCCCGUCACAAAAGAAGACUGCAUCCCGGAAGGUGACGUGCGGGAAGGACAGAUGCAAUUAGUGACCAGCCUUUAAACGUAUUGUAAUCAACCCCGAACAGUCUUCACUCAGACCUGACGCCGGUGAAGGCGAAGGGGGGGAGGUGGUUGUUUUCAUUUUAAGGAGAACUUAAACACGCACGCUCUCCAUUUGCAAACUUCCCCAACCGUCCAUCUGCAACCUUCUUUCUCCACUAAAUCACUCCGGUCUUUUUCUCUUCCCAGCAAAUCGUAUGGACUCGGAGCACCGCGGUGCAAAGUUUAAAGAGACUGUACAUACAAUGCAGAGUCAGAUUUCAAUUUAAGAGACAAGCCAACAAUGUAUUUAAAUGUGCUGCUGCUGUUGAAGAAUUGAGAAAACUUUUAAGAUAAGAAAAUAAAAAAACACAAAAAAACAUAUAUAAAAUUUAAAAAAGAAUAAAAAAAAGAAGAAGAGCAACAUUUCUAGCUACAUCCUAUCAGCAGUUUUCCUGGUUGUACAUACACUCCCCAACAUCCAAGUCUUUUUUUUUUUUUAACUGUAGAUGAUCCUCCAUCCCCGGACCAGGACAUGUUUGUGAAAUGUUCCGGAUAAGGUUGUGGCCACUCCCCCAUCACUAUGAAGUUUGGAUUGUAAAACCACUAGCAAUCAAGCCCCUGGCCUUAUCUUUUCUCAGCUGUAACUUGAACUGUUGUCAAGGAAAACUGCUCAAAUAUAUAUUUUGUUGUAUUGCUAGUGUAAAAUAAAAAUCCAUGGCAAACCAUAACUAUAAAGAAACCUUUUAAUUGCAAAAUUUUAAGAGCCUAUUGUGUAGAGGUUGCACAUAUGUUAUACAGUGUGUUUAUGGUUCCAACACUUCAUUCAUGGUGGUACGUUUGAACGUAAAGGCUUUGAAAAGAGAGGAGCGAUGAUUCAUCUUCACAUUCUCCACUUGUGAACAGUGUUUUUUGCUUCAUGAGUUUGGUUGAUAUUGCUCAUUGUAAUGUUCGUCUUACUUUGCCAAAGUGGCAUUACUUUAGUAGAGUGGGAUUACAACAAAAACCCGAUUAAGAUCAUUUUAUGCAUUGCACAGUUUUUUGUGUAAUCCAAACAGAUAUUUUUAAAAGUCACACAUAGUGUUGGGCGAGAGUUUUGACGAUAAAGUUUUUAUCAUAAAUGUUGUUCUUCCGCUCGGGUUUGGAUAUUUUAUUUAUUGAAGAAUCUUUCCCAGAAAUGGAUGGGAAAUGUGUGAAUAUUUUCCAGCACUGGUAUACAUGCUGUACUGUAGCUCAUGUUUUCUAUGUAAACAUAAGGGGCUCAUCACUUAAGACUGAUGUAAAGUUCAACACUUGUUUAACGAAUACAAUAAAUGUGAGAUUUUUUGUCAAAUACCAGUUGCUUUUUAAUGGUUUGUGUUUUUGCUACGAUUUUAGAAAAUGAGGUUCGAUUAUUUUGCUAUGGACAAAAUGACACUUUCGACUCAGGUUACAAGUACGCCCCGAGCACCUUGAAAGGUCAGUUGAUUAAUCUGUUCCUGGAGGAUUUAUUUGCUUAUUUUUUUUAUGUUUGUUUUCUUCGAUCGCUGCAGAGUAGAGUGAGCUCAUGCCACCGUGUGUUAGAGAAGCCAAAUCAUGUCCAUGUGAUUCAAAGAUGACAAACUCAGGUAGGAGAGUUGCAUUGUAAAUGUUCCUCUGUGUGGUUGUUACACUAAUAAAGGCUCAAAAAUGA